AUGAGGCCGGUUGGAGCCAACUCGCACGGGCCUGCCAAGAACUCCUUCUUCUGGGGCCAGCUCAUUGAUGAAGCAAUGCUUUCUCCUCGAUCAACGUGCUUGGCAGGCAGAUCUCAUGACAGAGGGCCAGAACACGCUGCAGGCUGGCGCUGGACUCCGAGCUCUGCUCUACCUUGUGGAUGUUGGUCACAGCCUGGGCGGCUGCGGCACGGAACAGGUGCUGGGAUUAGAGGCUCCAGCGUCUGGUGGACAGGAGAGGAUGAGGAGAUGAAGCCUUUCUGCACCUGGGUCGUUAACUCGAUUGUCGUCGUACCCCGCCUACGUAAGGGGAUGCUGGUGCAGCUCAGCUUCGAGCUUGGGCUGAUGUCAGUUUGGGCUCCUCGCUUCCAGGAUGGCACUGCGCUGCUGGACCCGAACCCGAAGCCCAGGGAAAGAGGCCAUUCGGGCUCACAGGUGUGUGCGGAGUGCGACCAAGAAAGUAUGGACCCCUGA